CUGGCGCUCCGGCCUGACGCUCUCAUGGGUUUAUUGUGUACGGUGAUGCAGCGGGCUCCUCUGCUGCCCCCGGUGGCCAAUGCGGGUCACAGCAGCGCCGCAUCCGAGCACAACACCCUCCUCAACUUCACAUGCCACACGGUUAACAUCUCCGGGUCACCCAUGGGUCAGAUAAACCAGAACACGGUGGCCAUCGCCUCCAUACAUUUCCCGCUGGCUACCCCUCGGUCUGUGGAGAACUGCACCUGUAAGCUGCAGCUGAUCGUCUUCCGCAAUGGAAAACUCUUUCCGUGCACGGGGAAUUCGUCAAAUCUUGCGGACGAUGGCAAGCGCAGAAGCGUUUCGACACCAGUUGCGUUCACCAAAUUAGAUGGGUGUAGCCCCGGGAGCCCCGUGCAGACGGUUACCGUCGCUCUCCGGCACUUCUUGUUGGGUGUAGACCCCACCGCGGCAUACUGGGAUUUUGACCUGCUGGAUGGACACGGCGGCUGGCGCGCGGAAGGCUGCCACAUAACGGGCUCCGCGCACAACACGACCACCAUCCACUGCGCGCACCACAACAACCUCGCCGUGCUCAUGAACACGGUGGCCAUCGCCUCCAUACAUUUCCCGCUGGCUACCCCUCGGUCUGUGGAGAACUGCACCUGUAAGCUGCAGCUGAUCGUCUUCCGCAAUGGAAAACUCUUUCCGUGCACGGGGAAUUCGUCAAAUCUUGCGGACGAUGGCAAGCGCAGAAGCGUUUCGACACCAGUUGCGUUCACCAAAUUAGAUGGGUGUAGCCCCGGGAGCCCCGUGCAGACGGUUACCGUCGCUCUCCGGCACUUCUUGUUGGGUGUAGACCCCACCGCGGCAUACUGGGAUUUUGACCUGCUGGAUGGACACGGCGGCUGGCGCGCGGAAGGCUGCCACAUAACGGGCUCCGCGCACAACACGACCACCAUCCACUGCGCGCACCACAACAACCUCGCCGUGCUCAUGGAUCUGAAGAAGGUGCUGUCGUUCCCUCCAUAUCCGGGAGAGUUCCUGCAUCCGGUGGUGUACGCCUGCACAGCCGUCAUGCUGCUCUGCCUGUUUGCCUCCAUCAUCACCUACAUAGUGCACCACAGCACAAUCCGGAUAAGUCGGAAAGGAUGGCACAUGCUUCUCAACUUCUGUUUCCACACGGCCCUGACGUUCGCCGUUUUCGCGGGAGGCAUCAACCGAGUCAAAUACCCCAUCAUCUGCCAGGCCGUCGGUAUCGUCUUGCAUUACUCAUCUCUGUCCACGAUACUCUGGUUGGGCAUCACGGCACGAAACAUCUACAAACAAGUGUCCAAAAAACCACAGCAAGCGCAGAACGCAGACCACGCGCAGCCUCACCCCACCGGAUCACCCAUGCUGAGGUUUUAUUUAGUGAGCGCAGGAGUUCCCUUCAUCAUCUGCGGCAUCACAGCAGCCAUCAACAUCGAGAACUACGGCAGCGGAGAGCAGACGCCGUUCUGUUGGAUGGCGUGGGAGCCGAGUCUGGGGGCCUUCUACGGCCCCGUGGGCUUCAUCGUCCUGGUGACCUGCGUCUACUUCUUGUGCGCCCUCAUCCAGCUGCACAAACACCCCGAGCGGAAAUACGAGCUGAAGGCGGUGAGCAAGGAGCAGCAGCGGCUCUCUGACCCGGCGAGCGGACAGUGUCACGGCGGCUGCCCGGGUCUCAUCAACCCGUCCACGCUGGCCAACGAACACUCGUUUAAAGCCCAGCUGCGGACGGCGGCGUUCACACUGUUUUUAUUCGCAGCCACGUGGACGUUCGGCGCACUGGCCGUAUCGCAGGGUCACUUUCUGGAUAUGAUCUUUAGCUGCUUGUACGGGGCAUUUUCCGUCACGCUCGGGUUGUUCGUUUUGAUUCACCACUGCGCGAAACGCGACGACGUCUGGCACUGCUGGUGCGCAUGCUGCCCCGGGCGGCGCCCCUCCAACGCUUGCCACGCCCACAGCCAUGCCCACAAAGUCAACAUAAAUGGCGACGCCCACUCACACUGCCAUCUGGACGCCGGGAAACCCGCUCACUGCGCGUGUCGCACCGCAGCGCAGAAUCACGUGACCUGCCUGACGCCGGUUUCGCCGUGUUGCGCUGCUCUGCACAAGCAGCAGCUCCUAGAGGACGAAACCAGCGCGCACGUGCUCAUCCACGCCGACCCGGAGAGAUACCGGCCCGCCGUGCGCUUGCACCGCUGCUCCAAGCCCGUCAGGACUAAAACGAGGCGGCAACGUGAACUAGCGUUCCGUAUUCCCUCCGACGGUGCUAGUGCGCAUAGCUCGCGCGCAAACAGCCCACACACCCACAUCUGCCACUUGGCUCACGAAGGGCAUCACGUUUGCCCUCACGAGGCGCUCACACUCUGCCACCACCAUCACAUGUGCUGCGCGAAAGAUGAGCUCCUCGACACGAGCGAGAGCUUCCAGUGCGGAAAGCUCGCGGGGGACGAUUUGCAUCACGCGCACAUAAAGUUGCACGCACGCAGACAGUCGCUAGCCAAUCAGAACGGCAUCCUGAAGGGAAGCGUGCCGGUGCACGAGGUGGUGCUGUAUCCACCCGACAGCACGGGGAAUAUACGCACGGGACCCUGGAGAAAUGAAACUACCGUGUAGUUCGAGCGAACUCCAACACUAGGAUUUAAGAAAGCAACUUUAAUUUUUUUUUUAGUACCAUCACAAGCUCUUUCCUGCAUCAUUCGUAGUACAGGAUGAUUGCAGCGGUUCUGCGGAUCGUACAAAUGCGAGAAUGAAAAACCCGGGGCCUCAUUUAUAGAGUGAUCCUAAAUGUUGAACGUAUGACAGUUUAUAAAAUGUUCUUGUAGAUGGUUUAAGUCCCAAAUUCCCAAACGCAUCCCUUUUUAUAAGUCUCAGUUAAUUUCAAGCUCAGUGUGAACAAGCACAUCAACGCCAUCUGCAAAAUGCCCACAAAUACAUCUUUAUGGUUGAGAAGUUGUACAGCCAUCAUCAUAAAUGGGCAAGGAAAUCCAA